CCCGAUCCCGAUCCCGAUCCCAAUCCCGGCCCCGGCCCAUGUCCCGGCCCGCGGCGCCGCCCGGCUCCCCGCGCCGCCUCGGGGCACUCAGCACGGCGCAGCUCCGGGCCCUGCUGCAGGACGAGCCGCGACUGCAGCGCGCCGCCCGCCUCAGCAGGAAGUUCCAGAGUCUGCAGCUGGAGCGGGAAAUGUGUUUGGCUUCAAACUGCACCCAGGCCAGGGUGAAUCUGUCCCUGCGCCCACGGCUGGAGGAUGGGAAGGCUUCCCUGGCCAUCAAGUACCAGGAGCUGCAGGAGAUCCGAGAGGCAUGUUGGGACAAGCAGCAGCGCCUGGAGGCUUAUCUGGAGAAGUGGAGCCCACAGAGCGCCCUGGACCAGCUCCAAGCCAAGCUUGAUGCCUCUGAAGCAGAGUCAGAGGCACAGAUAAAGCAGUUCCUGGCCCAGGACCUGCCCCUCGAGUCCUUUCUGGAGUCCUUCUGCCAGAGCCGCACACACUCCCACGUCUGCCGGACGCAGCUGGAGAAACUGCAGGAGCUACUGCAGAAGGAUCAGGUGCAGAAGGAUCAGGUGGGCAGGAACGCUGUGGGCCCUGUGGGGUGCCCAGGUACCCCAGCUAGCCUGGCACUAGCCCACCUUGCCCCAUUGCAGAGUGGAAUAGCCCCCAAAGCCUUUGAUCUCUCCUACGGCUUUGUGCCUGCCUUCCUCAUCCCCUCGGAGGCUGUUGUGCCCUUUCCUGUGCCAGCUGCACCUCCCAAGCACCAUCUUCCAGCUCUGGGACAACAGCCAGCAUCUCCCUGCUCCGAAAUUCCCAGCCUGGGCUCUCCCCUACGCCUUGUUGGACACAUCCCCCUGCUCAGUCCCCAGCCCGGCCGUGGGCAGCAGCAGCUGCAACACCAGAAGCAGGAGCCUCCGCACCGGUAGCAGGGCAGGGAUGUGGGAUGUCCCUGCUCCUGUGCCUCCACAGGCCUCGUGCAGGAACACGUGGGCAGGGAACAUGAGGGGUGGUGGGUGGUGUAGGCACAGCUCCAAAGGGCUGUGGGGUCUGUGGGGCAGGCACAUGGGUGGGUGCUCACAGAGGGAUGGAGGUACUUGGUUGGGGCAGGUGCCAUGGCUGGGUAGGGGGUCCUGCAUUUGGGGAACUGCUGGGGGGAGGUCUCUGCAUCCACAGCAAGAGGAACAGUGACAGGAGGUGGGGGUGGGUGGCUUGUAGGGAUGUCAGUGGGCUUAGCUGGGAGAGACAGCAGGGAAAAGAGCACAGGAGCACUGGGUGCCAAAUGCUUCCUAAAUAAAGGCUCUUUCCAUGCUC